UCCGGGCCAGGCUGGCAGCAGUCGGGCAGAGAUGCUGCCAACUGCCAUCCUGCUGGUCUUGGCAGCGUCUGCGGCCGCCAAAGAUAACAACACGUGUGAUGGCCCCUGCGGAUUCCGGAACCUGCAAGGGGGAACCCGCACUGUGGGAGGGCAGGACGCGCACCUGGGGGCCUGGCCCUGGAUGGUCAGCCUGCAGGUCUACACCUACCACAGCAACCGGAGGUACCAUGUCUGUGGGGGCACCUUGCUGAAUGCCCACUGGGUGCUCACGGCCGCUCACUGCUUCGCUAAGAAAAAAAACGUGUACGACUGGAGGCUGGUGUUCGGGGCCAGGGAGGUGGUGUACGGGAGCAGCACGCCCGUGAAGCCGCCCCAGCAGGAGCGGUACGUGGAGAAGAUAGUGCUGCAUGAGCGCUACCUCCCCAGCCUCGAGGCCAAUGACAUCGCGCUGCUGAAGGUCACACCCCCCAUCUCCUGCGGACGCUUCAUCGGCCAGGGCUGCCUGCCCCAGUUCCGGGCAGGCCCGCCCCGAGUCCCCCAGACCUGCUGGGUGGCCGGCUGGGGCUUCAUAAGGGAGAACAGCCGCAGGGUGUCACCCGUGCUACAGGAGGCACGAGUGGACCUCAUUGACCUGGACCUGUGCAACUCGACCCAGUGGUACAAUGGGCGCAUCCGUGCAACCAACGUGUGUGCCGGGUACCCUGAGGGCAAGGUGGACACCUGCCAGGGGGACAGCGGCGGGCCGCUCAUGUGUGAAGACAAGGCGGAGAAUACCUUUGUGGUCGUGGGGGUCACCAGCUGGGGGGUAGGCUGCGCCCGCGCCAAGCGCCCCGGGGUCUACACAUCCACCUGGGCCUACCUGAACUGGAUCGCCUCCAAGAUCGGGUCCAGCACGCUGCACAAGUCUCAGCUGGCCAGCGCGGCCCGCCCCACUGCAGCCCCGGCCAGGCCCACCUCUGCUCACCCUCAGCACUCCCCCUGGUACUUCCAGCACCCCAAUCGGCCUGCUCGCCCGUCUGCAUCAGCGCUCCGGCCCUCUGUGCCCCACCCACCCCCACCCCCACCCCCACCCCCACAUGCACGGCCGCCCCCGCCCCCGCCCCCGCCCCCACCCCCGCCCCCACCCCCGCCCCCACCCACCAUGAGGCCCCCCCAAGCACUGUCCUUCGCAAAGCGGCUGCAGCAGCUAAUAGAGGCUCUGAAGGGGAAGACCUUCUCCAGUGCCAAAAGCAGCUAUGAGGUGGACACCACAGAUAUCCCAGAGCUGACUGCCCCCGCCUGACCUGACCCUUCUCGUAGACCCAGUGGCCCUGCAUUCCUGAGGGAAAAGAGAUGAAAUAUAAAUAUAAAUAUAUAGAUAUAUAUACACACGCCGAGAGGCACGUCUGGACUCC